CUAGUAUUAGUACUCGACGAGCGAUGUUGAUCUCUUGACACCCGGGUCAAAUAUCGAACGAACCAACUACACAGAUUGAGAUUACCCCAGAGAAAGGACAACACAAGAUAAGCCAUGCAGGACACUCGAGGCGGGCACGCAGGGGAUUAUAAGCCGGACAGUCUCGAUGCUAAUCAGCAUGGGAUCGCCCAAAACACCAUAGACGAACAAAAAUCAAACUACGGCGCCAAAACAGCAGUCGACCGCGACGUGGGCCGACACAUGCCGACGUCCAUGUCGACGACAGCCCCGUCGUUGCCGGAAGUCGCCGGUGGGAAGAGUCUGAGCGAGAGUGUGGAUGAGGCGUUGAAAGGUACGGCCGGCCAAGCGGCCAGAGACAAGGCGGAACGGAUUGAUGAUUCGGUGAAAGUGGGCGACGACCAGGAUCUGCAUGAGAAAGCGGCGAGCAAGCAGCCGUGAGCUGGCUUGACGGUGGAGCAAUUCGUCGCUUUUGUGGGUGGAAGAGGGAUCGUUUGUGUACAGCAGAGGGUCGCCUAGGGCGGCUUUAAGGUAGCAGUCCCCAAGCUAUGGCCUUCCAACGUAUUGAAGAAACAGCAGGCACGAUGACAUGAGGAGUGAACCCAUGGUCAUGGCCAGCUCCCACUUCCCAGUCGGCCUGCCACAGGCGAUGACAGCAAGCCAAAUGCAGGAUAAAGUCACC